AUGGUUCUAUUUGCAUCUUCGAUGCGCAAGUACCCUGUCUCCUUGGCCAUAGCAUGGGCACUGGCGCUCGAGUCUGUCCUGGCCCAGGAAGGAACAGGCACGGCUGUCGCAGGCACCAACCCGAACUAUUCGUGCGAUCCGACUGUCUGUGUCCUACCAAAGUGCUAUUGUGCCAACGGCAGCCCCCCAGGCGGUCUCAGUCCCAGGUCAAUCCCCCAGUUCAUAACACUGACCUUUGACGAUGCGGUGGACUCGGUCUUGGAGCCUGUAAUCCAAAGCAUGAUCGACGGCCCCCUCAACCCCAACGGCUGCCCAAUCUCCUCCACGUUCUUUGUUUCAACCCAAUGGAACGACUACUGGGCCGUUCAGCGUCUCUACAGCAAGGGACAUGAGAUUGCCACCCACACCAUGAACCACAUCGGCAGCCCGCCCAUCGAGGAGAUUGUCGGGGCACAGACGGCUCUAAAUCGAUAUGCGGGAGUUCCAAAGUCCAAGCUCCUGGGGUUCCGCCAUCCAUAUCUCCUCUAUUCGACGCAGUCGUUCCAGAACCUGGCCUCGGCCGGGACCUUCCUUUACGAGUCGUCCAUGUCCAUGGAUGGAAGCAUCAAUCUCUGGCCGUACACUCUCGACAACGGCCCGGCCAUCUCGUGCGUCACCGGCGACUGCAGCGGCAACUUCAAGUUCCCGGGGCUCUGGUCGCUUCCGAUGGCCAACCUGAACAACCAGGACGGCUCCAUCAACACCUCGAUGGACCCGAUGGCCAACAGUACCUCCCCGCUCACCAGCGACGAGAUCCUGGCUCUGCUGCAGUACAACUUCCUGAGCCACUACAACGGCCAGCGCACGCCGAUGGGGCUGUUCAUCCAUGCGACUCCAGCCCUGCCUGCGAUCGAGCCCCAGCGGCUGGUUGCCUACGUCGCCUUCAUCCAGUGGACGCUCCAGAACUACCCAGAUGUCUACUGGAUCAACAACCAGCAGCUUCUGGCCUGGAUGCAGAGCCCAUCCGACAUUGCGGGGUCGCUCAAGAACCCCGCUCUUGGCUGCUUGUUCCCGGCCCGUGACCCUUCCAAUGUCGAAAUAUGUGAUGGCAUCGACAACAAAGGCGACGGCAAUAUCGACGUAGGCCUGGUCGAGUCGUGCCAGUAUCCGGAUCAGAAUGCAUACUUUUCGUCGUGCUUUGGCUGCCCGUCAAAGGCCCCGAACGUCUCGGACGCCAAUCCUGCGACCAGCAGCACUCGUUUCCCGAUCCCCGAUGCCGGCUGUCCCAACGCAGGAACCUGGGAUCCUGUUGCGGGCCAGUGCGUCAGCCUCGCUCGGCCCAUCAUCGUCCGGGCUGCCGUCAGCACCUCUCCGGGAUCGGGCAACAGCAGCAGUGCCCCGGGAUCGGGCAGCAGCAGCAGCACGAUUGCGAUGGCCGUCCUGGGCCAUCUGUUCCUCGUGGGAUGUUGA